UUUUAGACACACUCCUUUGCAGAUCCACAGGUUCAGCUUUCAUUCAAUUGUCGACGUCAGGAUUUUGCUUAUUUUCUAUAUAAGACUUAAUCGGUGAAUUAUUAUUGCAUCUAAUUAUUAUUUUGAUCAUCUCGUUUUAAACAACAUGUGUCUCUUUCCAAAGCUAGCAUUAACGAAUAAUUUCUAACAAUUUUGUAUCAUAUUUUGCUUUUGAUGCAGUAUACAUUCUUAAAGUUUCUUAAUUUGAUUUGGUAAAAAUGAUAUCGUGUGCGUAUUCCAGCAAUGCAACGGAUGUCAGACGUAGCCUAUAGAUUUGAUGCAACGCCUCACUAUCAUUUUUUUCUGUUUGAGGCAGAGCGGCGAAUGUGACCUGAAUGCAGGGCAUGAUUUAGUAAUGGUAUGAGACGCAAAACUCAUUCAAAGCUGUCGGUUCAAAAAUCCUGAGGAUCCAUUCGCACUCAGAGCAUCGCAGAUCUGUGGUAGCGGUUACUGCGUCUCUGUAACCAUUUAUUGGGAGAUUUAAGGUGGAUACUCGCCUGCACCAUACAUUUUGGUGUUUUCUUUUUUCUACAUAAGGAUUGGUCAUGGGAGAAACCAUGGAUUGAUUAUUUUUCUCGGGGUGUCGGAGACUAAAGACAUACGCCGGCGCAUGGGCGUUCGUUUCAGCACCCCAGCCUUGAAUGUGUCGCUGGUGCGGGGAAUCUUACAGCACAUAUCUGUCGCUCGGUCUGUUCCUGAUAGAUAGGGGGUGGCGGACGGAGACGGGGCAGGAGGGAUACGGUUUGUGGCGAGUGUGUUAACGAAAUAGUUUACUGCAGCAUUCACAUUUCACUGCAGUGAAAGAUAUAGAGCAGGGCGCGCUCACCACUGCAAUUUUUGGGCAAAGAUUGACUGGCGGCGUCUUGCGGAUACCCGCCUGUGUCUUCGGAGGAGAGAACAUCCACUACUUUUCCUACAUUUUUAGGAUGCGCUUCACAGGGGAUUUGUAUUAACCCAACACCAUUACGCCGUUUCCGGUUCCCAGCUGGUAUUUCCCUAUUGCAAAUUUAUCGGAAAACAGCAGCGGAUCCCGAUGGCAUGGACACUUACGCAAGGUCUGCCGCGCCGCCGUGCUACUGGAGCCUAUUCGCAGUUUCUUCCUUCAACCCAGCUCCACCGCCAUCGCCCCGCAGCCCUGCCGCAACGCGACCACCGACCAUCGAGCCAAAGCAGGCGGCAUGAGGAGGCUUGAUUCGGUACACUUAUCCAUGCUGCUCAUCGGGGUCUCCUUCGCCUGCUACUCCCCGAGUUUGAAUUCCCUGCAGGACCAGGCUUACAGAUCCGCCGUGGUGAUUGAAGGCAAGGUGCAGUCCGCGCCCCAGAACGCAUCCGAGGAGCCGUACAGUGUGAAUGUCAAAGUCCUGGACGUGUGGCCGCGGAACAGCGGGGGUUUAGAGCGGGAGCAGCUCGUCACCGUGGGGGAAUUUGGCUCGGAGACUCCGUGCGCUAAAGUGAAAAAGAAUCACAAGUAUAUAUUUUUCAUGGACCCCACUGACGAGCCCUUGGUUUUCAAAGCAUCCUUUGCUCCCUUAGAUACAAGUGGGAAGAAUCUGAAAAAAGAUGUUGGAAGGAUCUUGUGCAAAGACUGCGCUGCUGUUCCUACACUGAGGGCUAUGAAGAGUCCUGUGUUUGUGGGCGAGGGACGCAAACUGGUCGUAAAGUGCGAGGCCUCUGGCAACCCCACCCCAGAGUACAAGUGGUACAAAGAUGGCGCUGAGCUAAAAAAGAGCAAAGAGAUCAGAAUCGGAAGGAAGGGCAAAAAAAACUCCAAAGUCCAGAUCGACAGUGCAAAACUGGAGCAUUCUGGGAAUUACACAUGUGUUGCGGAGAAUUUUCUGGGGAAGGACAAUGGCACCAGUACUGUGCACGUACAAAGCAUAACCACAACGUUAUCUCCGGGAUCGGGCCAUGCAAGAAGAUGCAACGAUACAGAGAAGGCAUAUUGUGUGAACGGCGGCGACUGUUACUUCAUACAUGGUAUAAAUCAGCUGUCCUGCAAGUGUCCAAAUGACUUUACUGGUGAUCGCUGUCAAACCUACGUUAUGGCCAGUUUCUACCAGUCUCUUGGGAUUGAAUUUAUGGAGGCAGAGGAGCUCUAUCAGAAGAGAGUCCUGACAAUCACCGGCAUAUGUGUGGCUCUUUUGGUGGUGGGCAUUGUCUGUGUGGUGGCCUACUGCAAAACCAACCUCCCUCCCAGGAAACAGAGGAAGAAGAUGCACAAUCACAUGAGGCAGAACAUGUAUGUGGAUCACCCCAACCGAAACCUGGCCAAUGGACCCAACCACCCAGGCCCUGGUCCUGAGGAGAUACCCAUGGUAGAUUAUAUUUCCAAAAACGUUCCGGCAACCGAAAGAGUAAUUAGACACGGACCAGAGGCACCUUUUCCCGGCAGCCGGCAGUCUUCCAGAUCUCACAACUCCUCCACCCGGGCCCAUUCCUCCACUCACAGACAAGAGGGGAGAACGUGGAGUCUGGAGCGAACAGACAGCGUCCUCUCCGACUGUCCUUCGGGCAUGAUGUCGUCCUCAGUGGGGACCAGUAAAUGCAACAGUCCUGCGUGCAUGGAGGCGCGGGCCAGGCGUGCCGCACACUGUGGCUUUACUGAGCCCCACCGGCCGCCCCUGCAGUAUGGCGACUCUUUCGACUCACUUGGGGACUCUCCGCAUAGCGACAGGUAUGUGUCCGCCCUGACCACACCUGCUCACCUGUCUCCAGUGGACUUCCAUUACUCACUGCCCCCGCAGGUGCCUACCUUCCAGAUCACGUCUCCCAACGCCAGCCACGCCAUGUCUCUGCCACCCGCCGCUCACGCUCCUUACCCGCCAGAGGAGGACCAGCCGCUGCUGCGCCGCUACCAGGUGCCGCUGCACGAGGCCCGAGGCCACGAGCCCUACCGGCAAAAGCAGCGCGGCAGCUACCUGCAAGACAGCACGGGCAGCCUGCCCUCCAGCCCCUACCGGCUGGCACAGGAGGAUGAGUACGAAAGCACCCAGGAGUACCUCUCCUCAAUGGAGCAACCAAAGAGAAGCAGUCGGCGCUGGCGCAGGUCCAGACUGAACGGGCACGUGGCGCCGCGUGACUACCAGCCGGCCCGGGACCUGGGCUCACGCAGCUGCCUGUCAGACAGUGACUCAGAGGGGGAGGAAGGAGAGAACACGCCCUUCCUCAGUAUGCAGAACAUGAACGCCGCCGAGCCCUCCGCCAUCUACAGGCCCGUACCCGACACACGGACUUCUCACGCCCAGAGCGGGCGGCAUGGGCCUCGUGCCAGCACACAGACCAGACUGACACACUCGCGCUCCAAACUGGACAGUGCACCCCACUAGAGAGACCGCCACCUAUCCACAAAGUCAAUCUACUAUAGACAUGCACCUAUAAGAAAUAUUUUUAUUUUAUAUAACUGACAGAUAUUCUAAACAAAUGAAAUAUUUAUUUUCAUUUUAGCAAAAGUUGUCUACUAGUUAACAGCAAAGACUUUUUUUAUAGGGAAAACUCUAUUUAUAUGUACAUUUUGAUUUACAGCAUAAAAAAGAUGUGCCAAUUUUUUCACAACUUAAAAAAUAGAGUAAUAUUGUGGUGCCUUUUGCUGUAUGCUGAUUCCAGAGGGCCAGUGGAGUUUUUUGUAGCCUUUCUUAUACGGACGCCUCAUUUUUAUACUCGUUUACUCUUUUCGUUGUCUCUUUUUGGCCUUUUCCCUUAAUUUUCCAGGAUGUGUUCUUUUGGGAGCUGACCCCCAUCUGAACUGUGACAUUGCCCUCCUUUGCCCCUACCAUACCCCACCGUCAUGCAAUAUAAACCACUCUGACAUAAGGUGUAUGUUUACAUGAAUUUGAUCCACGAAGAUGUUUCAUGGUCAUGUUGCUUUGCCAACAGGAAAUCAAUGACAAAUGCAAUCGAGGGUCCAUCUGUGUCGAAAGUGGGGUGAAACUAAUUUGCGUGUGUGAGUGUGAGCGAAGCGUCAAAGCGCUUCAUUUGACCAAACGUGCACUGCAGAAAUUAUUUUAUUCUCAUCAGGUUAUUUUUGUCUUGUUUUUGAGUUAAUGCAACCUUAAAACAAUAUAAAUGUACUUUAGAGGCAAAAAUUGUGUAUUUUAAUUCGAAUUUUGUCGUUGGCAAAUAGAUUGUUCUUGUUUAAAUGCAAACUAACAUUGUUUAGUGCUUUAAACAUAAGUCAAGCCUUCUUAUCUUUACCCUCUCAAGUACAUUAAUGAUGUUUUAAAAAAAAAAACAAGACAGAAAUACUGAUCUUUGCAAUGUGUGUAGCUCCUCUAUGCAGAGCGAGCAAGAGGCCGAGGACUGACUGUGGUUCUGUUAUAUAUAUAUACAGUAUAUAUGCUGCUGUUGUUUCGAUUUGCGCAUGUGGGCACCUGAUGUUUUUACAGCUGCCCUGCCUUGAUUUGCAUUGCAUCCCUACAGGGUAAGGUCUGUCACACGGGAGCCUUCUCUUUCCAAAGGGGGUCGUGGGUAAAUGUGAGGGGCCGUGGGCCAGGCUAGCAGCUGGUUGAGUUGAACUUGCCUGUCAGUACUAAUAGCUUUUGACAGAUAACAAAGAAAUAAAGAACAUAUAGUCUCUCCCACCAACCUUCCCUCAUUAUCAACACAUCCAUCCGGUUAGUUCGGCCAGCAGAGAGAGAUAGACAUAAUGGAGACAGAGAGAAAGAGAGAGAGAGAGAGAGAGAGAAGGAGGGAUGGAAAGUCUCACAGCGUCUCAGGACUUCACUCCACUGCACAUCUUCCUCUAGCACAGGACUAGGAAGAGCCUGACAUCAAGUUAACGGGUGUGCCCGUUCACCCUUUGGUCCUGGUACUCCAGGAUGGGGAAAGUAAGAGGCUGUUCACACAGGAUGCGUUCUGCGCUUUUAUUCAAAAACUGGUAUAUUCAUUUUAUUUGCAUUUGCUAAAUUGUCAGCAAAAACCAAAUUGCAUAGGAUACAUGAUGCUGUGAAGUGCACGAAAGUUCAUUUACAGCAUUUAAUGCUUUCGCAAACAGUUUUGUGUACAAUAGGAGCUUUUGCCACCACUGAAGCAUUUUGAAUGUUUAUCACUGCAUUUCCAUUACCUUUAAAUUGCGCAAAUUGAAAAUGUCCCCCAAUGAAAACGCGUCAAUAUCGCAAAAAACGUUUUUAAGCUUUAGGCAAAAUAUUUGCUAAAUUGCAAUGGAAGUAUUACACUGUAAAAAAAUUUUUUAGAAAUUACAGUUACUUGCAGCUGGUUGCCGGUAACUUACCAUACAUUUCAAUUUAUGUUAUUUACUGGCAACAUUUUGUUCAAAGUUAAAUGAAAAUGAAACAUUUACAAGUCUUUGUCUUUACAGAGUAAAACUAAAAUAACAGCAUCAAGUAAAGCAUUCUGGGAAACAAAAUCUGAAGCAAAAAAACAGAAAAUGGUUGAUGAUGAUUUCUGUUUCCCAGAAUGCUUUGCAUGAGGCUGUUAUUGUAUAGUUUUAUUCUGUAAAGAUGAAGACUUGUUAAUAUUUCAUAUUUAUUUAACUUUGAACAAACUCUUGCCAGUAAAUAACAUAAAUUUAAAUCUACGGUAAGUUACCGCAACCAGC